AUGGGAAUAUCUACAAUUAGUGGUAUCGUUGAGGAUAUAUGUGAAAAAAUUUGGAAAAUGAAAUCUGAAGGCAUACCUCUACCUACGGAAAAAAAAUGGAGAGAAAUUUCUUUGGAUUUUGAAAAAAAUUCUAAUUUCCCUAACUGCAUCGGUGCAUUAGACGGGAAACAUAUUCGCGUUAUUAAGCCUAUCAAAAGCGGUUCACUUUUUUAUAACUACAAACAUUAUUAUUCUAUAGUGUUGAUGGCAAUUUGUGAUGCAAAUUAUUGUUUUACAUUUGUUGAUGUUGGAGCAUGUGGAAAAUUUAGUGAUUCGUCUGUCUUCAAAAAUGGAAAAUUUUUUGAAAAACUUGAAAAUGAAACAUUAUCUAUACCUCGACCUAAACUUCUACCAAGAGAUAACGAGAAUGGUCCUUUACCUUAUGUAAUUUUAGCCAACGAAGCUUUUGGAGUUUCUAAAACUAUUUUAAGACCAUAUGCUAGAAGUAACUUAAAUUAUAAAAAAAAAAUUUUUAAUUACCGUCUAUCACCGGCUAGAAGGUAUAUUGAAUUUAGUUUUGGAAUUUUAUCCAACAAAUGGAGGAUUUUUCAUAGACUGAUGAAUACAGGCGUUGAACUUUCAACAAAAAUCGUAAAAGCUUGUUGUGUACUUCAUAACUUUGUUCGUGUAAGAGAUGGAUAUCAAUUUGCCCAUACAUUGAGUAUACAAGGUUUUGAAACUUCAAAUGAUACAAUAGAUACACAAAACAGAUCCGGCAAUACAAUCAGAGACAUGUAUGCAAAUUAUUUUUUGACUGAUGAAGGAAAAGUCGAAUGGCAAGAUAAGAUGAUACAUUAA